UGCAAAGUUUCACCCAUUAAAGAACCCAGUGAUAAGCCACGAAUCUCUAUAAUUCCCUUAUCUCGACUUAUACGAAACGAACUCAUCGAAUUAACGGAUGACUCAAGUGUAGCCGAGCUCGAAGAUGCGCCUGCACCCGUAAUAGCUACGAGUACACCAACCAAACGCGUCUGCCGACCUAAUCUUGUGAAGAGACGUCGACAAAUUUCGACUUGUAGCAACUCCAGUGGUACCACAGAAAAUCUGAUUGAAAAGGUUGCCGGUAUGGAUAAGUUCGGCAUCAAGCAGGUAAUAAACAACAGUGGAACACGCUUCGAUGAGGCGUUAAAAGCGCAGGCACGCAAACGUUUGCGCGAAGAGAUACGCAAGCAGUUGAAGUCAAUGAAUCUGGAAGCGGCAAAGGAUUCAGAGGAUGUAAACUUUGUGCCCGAUGAUAUUGUCGAUGCUAUAUGUAUACCAGAUAUAGUAUUGGAGGAGAUACGUAAAGCUUUUGGCAUAGAGAUAUUUUAUAAAAAAGACGCGCAGCCAACAGAUAAUCCACUGGACGAAAGCGCCGCAAAUGUAGUCGAAAUCGCUGUAGGCGAAGGGGGGAAUGUUACGGCAAUAAAUGCCUCGCCACCACUACAGGAAAGUCUUGUGGAGACGACGUCAACAGCAGUGCAGCCAGUAGUAGAAAGUGUUGCUGAUAAUGCGAAAAAAGACGCUGCAAAAGAGACAACAACACAAAAUGAAGUGGGACAAACAAUGCAAAAUGAAGUCGCACAAACAAUGCAAAAUGAAGUAGGACAAACAGCACCACAACCAACACAUAGUUGCCACAACGAGCAGGCGGUAAUCGAAGACCAAAAAGAUCCAAAGCUAACGGAAACAGUUAAAGCGCCUACGGCGGCUGAAGGCGAAAAAAAGCCAACGGAAAAACUUACAAAGAAGCACCAAAGUUCGACGUCGCGGAAACAUAGUCGCAAAAAGACGCUCAAAGAUGUAAUACUGGUCGAAUCGUCAUCCUCUUCGAGCAGUACGUCUUCUUCCAGCUCCAGCUCGAGUAGCAGUUCCGAUAGUGAAUCUGAGACUUCAGCCAGAAGUGUUUCAUCAUCGGUCAAACGUCGACGACUAAAACUGCGUGUAGAUGCGCAAAAUGUUGUCGAAAGCUUUGAGAAGCUCAUAUUGCCCAGCAUCAGCGAGAGUUUGAAAGCUCGUUACCGCAAUAAAUUUUCGAACUCCACAUAUACGCGCCUACAUUUCAUCUCGUGCAUCUGUACCAGCGAAUAUAAUACGCGAAAAUUCACUAAACCUGAAAUUGCGAAAAUACAAUCCAAUUUAAAAUCAGAGGAUCGCACUGUUGCUUUGGAGUUUCUUAUGCGUGAAAUCGUCAGUGUUUUCAACAAGCAGAAAGAGGCAGCAAAAAGAGAGCGUGGCAGUAACAGAACAAGAAAGGAGACCGAAAGUAGUCCUGACAAGCCGCAAUCAAGCAGGGCACAAGCAGAAGUUAUGAACCGACGGUAUGACGCAGGCGGCGAUAAAGCUAAUGGAAUUUCCAAACAACAAGCAGUUAAAGGCAGCAGCAGCAGCAGCAGUCGUAGUCGCAGCGGCAGCGGCAGCGGCAGCAGCAAUAAGAAAAGUGCCAAUGCAGCAGAAAAAAAUGAUGUUGGAAAAAAUUACGUGCAAUCACAGCGAACACCAGUGCCAUCACCAACGAAAAAUCCACAUCAAAGUGUGAAUAGCCAAGCAUUAAUGAACACAAGCGCGUCAGAUGGGGUAAGAAGGAAAAGUGCUGGCAAUGCAAAAACCGCAGAUGAGGCGGCGGCGGCGGCUGGUGGUGGGAGGCGUAAAACAAGCGCAGAUACAGCCGCUGAAACGCGCAACAAUUUACAUGAAAUGAGCAACACCACUAAUCAAGAAGAUUCUAAUGGCAAAUCGUUGGCGAGUGCGACAACACGUCAGCAGCUGCCGACUACUACCAGCACCACAAUCACCACCACCAACGCCGAAGGUAUUGCAACAGCGUAUGAACAACAAUUACACAAUAGCAUUUUCGAAAGCGCCAACACUGCCGCGCCGUUAAAUGAGUCGAGCAGCAGCAUAGGCCUGCAUUCUCCACCCGCUAAUCGCUCGUUACUUGAUAACAAGCUCAGUGGUAGUGGCGCGUCAAAUCUUUUAACGGGAUUUGAGCACAGUAUUAACGGGCUUUUUGGCAUGCCCAGCGUGCCAUCUUUGAUCUCUAGCACACUAUUUCCCAAUGUAGAUUUAGAAGCAUUGCGGCAGCGUAAUAUCUUAGGUGAAUUCGUAGUGAAUAAUCUACGUGAAUACGAUAUGAAGUUAAUGGAAUUGCAUAAACGUAAAAUGUUCAUCGAAGAGAUGAUACUCAAAUUGCAAAGGGACAAAAUGGAAGUGGAUAUGCAAACAAUGCAAUUGCAAAAUGAGAAAUUCUUCUUGCUUAAUACCGCCAUGACAGCAGCGGCCAGUGAACUGCCGAAACGCGAAGCCGCCGCCGCUGCAGCCGCAGCUAGAACAUCAUCUUUGUCGCCACCAGGCGCGUCGACAGCGCCACACUUAGACGCACAGCCAUCUCAACAAGAGCUCCCAAAUGGCAACGCGCGUACUAUGCAGAGCACAAACGCAAAUCAGCGUAAGCGUAAAGCUAACGAUAAUAUUGGCUCAAAUGCUAAGCGAAAACGCGGUCCACGUAAGCGUGGUGGUGCCGCAGCUGCUAAAAAGCGAGCUAAUAAAUCAAAAUUACCAACUGAAACGGUCCAAAUGCCAACACCCACAGCUACUCAAAAGACUCCUGCAGUUGGUGCAGCUACGCGCGAACGCUCUCCGAGUCCAAUCGUUUCAGAUAUGGAACAGACUGUGAGUGACGUAGAACCACCAUUCAAUUUUGCAGAUAUGCCCUGCUCUACUAUUGAUGUUAGAAGUCCAAUGACACAGCUACAUUUAUACGAGCGUUGGUUAGUAGCCACUGGUGAAGAUGGUCGCUUGUAUCAGUUUUGCGCCAAGACACUCAAAAUGGAAAAAGAAUUCGCCAAACACAGUGAAAAUAUUACACAUUCCUAUUUGUGCUGCGAAAAGAAAGUGCUAUAUACAACAUCACUUGAUGGGUAUUUGAAAAAGACGUCUUUGGAGAACUUCGCCUUGGAUAUCCAGUCUGUAUAUCUGCAAGAGCCAUUACAAUGUAUUGAAGUGCAAUGGGGUUCGGCAUACAUCGGCAGCAGAUGGGGCAACAUAUUUACAUAUGACAUUGCGUCUAACAACCUCAACAGCGCCUCGGUCUCAUCGUCGGAUACAUCAAUUACCGCCAUCAAAGCAACAAAGGAGGGACCACGUCGAAUACUCGUAGUGGCCUCUAAAUCUAAGGAAGUGCAAAUUCGUGAUGCAUCCUCUGGGCUUCUAUUGCGCACAAUAACCAUGCCCGAACCACUGAAGGCUUAUAGCUUGCUAUUGGAUGAUGGCAAAAUCUUUUGUAGUACACAACGUAGCAAUAUAUUGAAAUUGGAUUUCACAACCGGUCAACACUUAUCUACAUUGUAUUGCGGUACUGGCGCUGUUUCCAUGCGUCUAUACCAAAAUAAAUUCCUGCUGAUCAGUUCAUUUGAUGGCUUUGUCUAUGCGAUUGAUAAGGCGAAAGAGCGUCCAUGUGGGCGUUUUGCCGGCUGCUCCGGCAGCGUAUUAACUUUAACAGUGGCGAGUAAUAAGAUAAUCUUAACUGCUAAGGACAAAACUUUGAGAGUUAUUGAACUACCAAAAAAUUUGUGUGCUAAACGAAAAUAAGGCAUUUAGAAUUUGUUUUAAAAAUAAUACAUAUUUGAUUUUGUCAUUAUGUAGACGACACAGCGCGGACUGUGAAGUCUAUUGGAGUUUUGCAUUUGUUUUAUUCUUAUGUACAUAUAUAUCGCAUAUGUGCAUACAUAAAUUAUAUGUAUGUACAUAUGUAUUAAUAAAUACAUAUUAACUUAUGUACAUAAUUAAGUAUGUACGAUCAUGCACUCAUAUGUAAAAUAUAUUUUUAAAUUUAAGUUUACAAUAUGGAGUGUACGAUUUUUCUUUAAUGCAGUGUUGAAUGAAAUUAAAGUUUCAUUAAAUGGAUUUAAAUACAUUUUAUUAUUAAGUCAUGAAUUUAUCAGCACAUGUGUUUUAUGUAUGUAUCUAUGUUUUAAAAUUUAUGAAUAAAUUUAUUUUGUAAUGAUAUUAAAUGCAGAAAUGUAUUUGUUUCGUUGCAUUUUACGCGGCAUUGGGUAAGUCGACAAAAGUGAUACUAAACUGGCCGGCGGGUAAGGUGGAUAUGGUGGGUAGUGGUAGGUAUAUACACGUAUAUUGCUACAUUUUCAGAUGUUUUAGAUAACGUAUAUAAUGCUGUUUAGGAAUUUAUAUUUUCAGGUUAAUCGGUUAGUUGCACAAAACAUUAUUGUACAUCAGAUCGUACCGGAAAAAAGAUCACCGUACGCCCCUGUGCCUAUCGUAUUUUUGCAAGAUAAUUUGAAAAAAAUAAUCUGGGGUUGUUUUUUACAUUUUUCGUCAUACCUUCGGUAUGUACAGUCGGAU